GUCGAACGUCAUUCGUAAUAUUUGACUCCGAAAAUUUAUGUUGUUAACAUAUUAAUAUAAUAAUCAUGUUGCAAUACAUAUUUGUUGUGUUUUUAUAUACAAUAACAUAUUGUGCGACAUUGGAAAAUGCAGAUAGUGAUACAGUGAUUACUGGACUGACAGGCAGGACGAAUGAAAAUUUAAAUCCAGUACAACGGAUUAUUUACAUUUACGAACCGCGUCAAUGGAAAAUGCAAGACACUAACAAUCUCAUAGAAAAAAUAGGAAACGAUUACCUUAUUACACCUGGUGUGGGUGCUCAUAAACUUCAUGUCCGUAAGUUGUCGUGGAAUAAAGCUCGCAGAUCUUGCAUUCAGGAAGGUGGUCGUUUGGCCAUCAUUAACUCUCAAGCAGAGGAAAAAUUGUUGAUGCACAUCUUAGAAGAGAAUAAAGUAAGCCAAGCGUGGCUUGGCGUACACGAUCUAUAUGAAGAGGGCGAUUGGAACACGAUUAUGGACGAAUCGUUAGAAGCUACAGGUUACUCAAAAUGGACUUCAAAAAUUGCAAAUCUGCCCGACAACUAUAAUGGAAAACAGCAUUGCGGAGUUCUUCUAAAAGACGGCGGAAUGGAUGAUCUGGAGUGCACCCUGGCACUCGCUUUCUUUUGCGAAAUUAUGUUCUCGGAUCAGCGAAUCCUCAUAAAUCAUACGAACGCGAGAUCAUAAUCAGAUAUCGUAAUGUGCGAUUUAUCAAAAAUAAUUAAACAAUCAUUCUAAGAUGUGCUGUUAAGAUCGAAUUAACAAUGUCAAUAAUAAUGCAAGUAUAGUAUCACAAUUAAUAGGGUCUAUAAAUCAAUAUUAUGGUGAAGUCAAUUAUAGGUCAUAAAUUCUAUUUUUGUACUAACGAUUAUCUUUAAUAACAUUGAAUAGCCAUACCAUGAAAAAUGCAUAAGGUAUAUUAGAAAGCGACAUAAGAAGGUCAUUUUCUUUUUAUAAAAUAUAAAAACGAUGCUUUAAAAUCACUUUGUGUCCUUGUUCUAUAAGCAAAGCAGAAAAAGAAUAUAUAAAGACGAUUGAGAAAAAUAA